UCCCGCCUGCUCUCUGGCAGCGCUGUUUAAUAUUGUUAUGCUUUGUUUGUUUGAUUGUCGGAAAAUAUAAAUACAAUUUGUGUGCACGAAUGCCUUGGCAGGAUUAACGACACGACACAGAGCACAUGCAGGAGGUGCGCCUGGAGAUGGUGAGGAAUAGAAGCCGUUCAAGGAGCAGCCAGCGCAGCCGACGCGGACGCAAGCAAAAGCAGAAAGAAGCGGCAGCCAGGCAAGCGGCGGCAUCAAUCAUGGGCGGAGACAUUGCACAGGGCACCACAACAGCUGAGAUGUGGAGCAACACGUACAGGCAGCUCUUCCAGUGGCAUCACAUGCAGGUGCAGCGGCUCUGCCAGGCACAACCUACGCAGCAGGAGGAGCAACUGGAGGAGAGCUCCGCUUCCGAGGCGGAGGAGGAGGCGACACCCAUUGACGAGGAAUACUUGCAGUUUCUGGAGGUGACAAUGAAGCAUCAGCAGGAGCUAAGACAACGACGAGCUGCCGCAGCAGCGACUGCCACACCCGACUCGACCUUAGAUUAAGAUUUUUAGACUAAAGAAUUUUAUAAACUUUUUUUUACACCAACUAAAACUUUGCCUCAAA